AUGACACCUUGAGGCCUGGUCACAUGAUCACGGACGUCACAGGAUGAGCACAGUGAUACCUGCACUGAUGAAAGGUCAUGCUUCCACCUUCAUAUGGAAUCAUUCUGAUUAGAUUUGGUCUAGAUUCUCAUGCUUUCAGUCUGAGUUUUUUUGACGUGUGCAGUAACAGUAGAGGAGUUUGAUGAUGACGGUAAAGCGCCUGUCGGUGGACUGUGACAAGCUGAAUGAACGAGGCACCUUCUCUCCGGGGGACACCUUGUCUGGGACGGUCACAGUGGUGACAACUAAACAGAUUAAAGUACAGCGUUUUGUGGUUAAAGCCAAAGGAAAAGCGCAGGUGACCUGGACUGAAAAGGAUGGACAAGCCACUCUGAUCUGCAGUGACAAAAAGAAAUACUUUUAUUUUGAAAACAUCAUUCUUCAGGAUAAAAAAGGAGAUGGUUCAGAGGUCAUUGGACCUGGGAAAAAUGUCUAUUCAUUCGUCUUUCAGAUUCCAAGCAGAGAUAUGCCUUCAUCUUAUGAGGGAAAAUGGGGCAAGAUUACGUAUAGCGUGCAAGCAAAGCUGACUCAGUCAAUUUGGGUUGAGCACAAAAUCAAAACGGAAGUCCCAUUCCUAUCCAAGGCUGAGUUCCCCUUUGUCUCCAAAACAGAAAUGAUCAUCAUUGGACUGAAGGAGCCACAGUAUGGGACCAGGAUUUCAUUUUAUGGCACUGGAACAGUUACUAUGAACGUUUCCUCAGAAAAAAUAGGAUUAAAGCAAGGUGAAGCAAUGGGCGUCUCUGUAGAAGUACUCAACAACUCACCGUACACAGUAAUGCCGACGUUCUACCUCCAUGAGAAGCAGACAUUUGCUGCUCAGUCCAAGAGGAGACUACACGUAAAUGAUAUCCUGCUUGCAACAGGAGAGCCUGUUUCCGUGGCGACCAGUCAGAAGAUAAGCAAAGUUCUGAGCUUUCCAUCAUGGCUCCAACCCACAUUCUACAACUGCUCCUUGAUGAAACUUGAAUACUCACUAAAGGUCACUCUGGAUGCCCCUCUUGGUAAACAACCAGAGGUCAAACUUCCUCUGAUUAUUCUGUUGGGCUCUCCAAAGCCAUCUCAACAAAAAGCAAAAAGAUCCAUCUGGUUUAGAAAGUUUCCUGGUUAUAUGUCCUAGUUGAAAACACAAGUGGUAUGUUCGAUCACAAAAAGCUCCAGUGUAGACUGCACACACCUCCAUGCGGAAGAGUCCCGUUCAGGCAUGAUGUAAUGUGAUUCUCCUCAGUGUGGCUGCAAAUCCAUCUCCGAUCUUUACCCUUCCACUCCAGCUGACAGUGUGCAUCGUGUGCAGGCAGGAUAUCAAUCAGUCAGAGUGACUAAUAAGAUCAGCUUUA